GCGGGUCCACCCGCCGCCGCUCCCUCCCGGCCACCGCGGGUCCACCCGCCGUCGCCUUCCUCCCACUCCGUGUCACCAAUGGCAUCCUUUCCCCCUCCCGUUGACGUCUCGACCCUCGAUCAUCUCGUGCGCGCUGCCGACAACUCAGCAACCAAUUGGUAUUCCUUCGUCGGCAGCCUCCACCGCGUCCUCGGCAGUGCUUAUGUCCUGCCGUUCCGCCUCCUGGACAUCAUGCUUGGUCUCCCAGAGGGUGACCUUGGGGACCCGCCGCCUCACCCUGGCGAUCCCCCCCCUCUCAUUCCCCAUCCCGGCGAGGAACCUUCGCCCCCCAUAGUACCCGUUGGCACCAGCACUCGCGCUGCCACCGCUGAAGUUGAGCAGCUCUUCCUUACUCAGCGUCGCACGUCGCAUCGGCUCCCGCCAGAUCUGGCUCGAGCUUGAGGCAAUGUUCGAACGCACCGACUUCGAUGCUGUCGGACCGCUCUUCAAGGAAUACUUCAGCAUCACGAUCGAACAUAGUGCUGGCGCUGUUGACUACACCAGCCCAGUGGUGGUGGUGGAGGCAGUGGUGGCUCAUCUGGUAGCCGUGGUGGCCGCCCUGGCACUCUUCCCCCAUGUUCCUAUCUUCGCCGUUUUGGUCCCAGGGCGGCAUUCGCACCCGCUGCCGGUACUGCUGCUGCUCCUGCAGCUGCUUCUUCCAAGC